UUGACUUUACUAUAUUUUUUUUCUUUGAAGCCGAUUUAAGGAACAAUUCGAAGCUAUAGGGGCAUCAGAUUUUUCUUCGUAGAAGUGAACAUUGUGAGCUACUUAAAAGGGUAUCAGAGAAGCCGCAAAAUAUCUAUUGCUUUAUAAUAAAAAAUACUUUUUUAUAAUCUAAGAGUAACUAAAUACAGUUUGGUUUGAAUCAGGUUAAUCAUAGGGUGUUAAAUUAAUACUUGACUUUCUAUUUCUAAAGUUUAUGUGUUAUAUAUACAAAUCGACUUUGAUCGAAGAAAAAAUAGACAAAUUGAAUUUCAUUAUAACUGGAACGUAAUCUUUUAAUUUGAAAUGUGACCUUUUUAUUUCACAGGUAUUAAAUUUGUUAUUUAUUAAGUUCUUUAUUAAUGCAUACAUACUUUUUAAAGUUCCAAUGAAUUAAAAUAAGUAAGUUAACUGAAAGCCAAAAAUUAUUCAAAAAACUAUUUCUGUCAAAGUGAUAAAUAUUCUCAAACAAUUAACAAAAAAAUAGUCAAACCUGCAAAGAGUCACUAAUUAGUAGUUUUAUGAUGUAUGGGAAAAACUUAAACAAACUAACAAACGUUUAGUCAAAAUCUCUAGAGAAUGUAUUACUUUGAUUUAUGGUAGAAGGCUGAAUAACCAUAUUGCAUUACUAUGGUAAGAAAAUUAAACAAAAGAUAAUAAUUAUGGUAGAGAAUUUAAAACAGAUAUACUAUAAAUAUAUAUCUGAGUAACUGAGUCAUGAUUUCAUAUGUAUCUUUUCAUCUAACAAUAUAUAAUUGGGACUAAAGUGUGAGUUCAAUAAAGCAUUUUCUAUAAGCUAUUAAGGUACACAUGCAAAUUUUAUAAUAAACCUAAUCACUAAUUAUAAUAGUUCAUACUCAGAUUUUUAUACUGUAUCACUAUCAAUCAUAAAAUAUAUCUAUCUUUGUCAUAAUAUGCUUUUUUGAAAUUAUAUUUUAUUAAUUUACAUUAAAUAAUACAUAUUCCCAUUUUCAUAUUUUCUAAGUUCUCUAAAUAGUAAAAAUUGUAAUCAUAAAAAGCUUGUAAUUAUAUGUUUUUAGAACUGUGAUUUUCCAUUUCUAUCGUGUUACAAAAUUUAAGAUUGCAUUUAUUCUGUUGUUUUAUUUAUAUUAGCUCUCGCAAUUGUUUAAAAUAAUGAUUAUAUUUAUUUUUUACUCUCUUGAAGUAUCAAUUUCUGAAUACAUCAGAAGUUUACAAAAACAUUAACUAAUAAUUAUAAAAAAAACAUUAUUGACUUCAAUUUAGCUAAUGCAAUUUUGAAUCUCUUUGACUUUCCAGUUUAUAUAAAAAAAAAUAUUUCUUGUUUAUUUUGAAUAAAUAUUGGGAGUUCUAAUUCUUAAAUUUGUAACUAUAUGUAGUAAAUUUGUUCAGUCAGUUUUUUGCAACUGAGUGAUGUUACUCAAAGUAUUAUUUUGGAAUUUACAGGAAAUGAUGUCAAAAGAUAUGGCUAAAAUAAAUCAAGAUAUGCUAAUGCUAAGGGAUGACCAGACUCCUAAAGUUGGAGCUAGCUUGAGCCAAUCUAAACGAAGGAAGAUUUCAAUUGUUGGCAUUAAACCCAACAUACCUGACCUGAAUGUGAAACCUUGUUAUGAUUCCGAUGAGGAAGAAAAAGGAGAAGUUACAAAUAUAUUUCAGAAUCUUGCAGGUUUAAAAUCUCAUGAUGGAUGCUAUGUUCAUCAUAAGCUUUUGUACGAGCUUGAGGUCGAGAUCUUUGCUCGUCUUCCAUGCUUCGAAUACUGGAAACUGCAGUUUCUUAACAAGAAAUUUUUGCAGUUGUUAAAAAGUGGUGAAAUUUUCAGGGUGAGACAAGAAAAGGGACUUGUAAAACCCUACGUGAUUUUGCAUUCAGGGGCUGGAUCAAAUUGGGAAAUGUUUGAUAAGGAUUUUAAAACCUUUCAGAGACUUCCUAAAGUUCCUUCUUCUGAUUAUUGCUUUUUCCACAGCGAUAAGGAAACAAUAUGUGUGGGUACUCAACUAAUUGUCAUUGGAAGAGAAAUAGAGGGAAUUGUGGUGUUUCGCUACGAGCUAGAGAAUCAUAAGUGGUUCAAAGGUCCUUCAAUGAUCACACCGAGGGUCAUGUACGGUUCUGCUAGCCAUGGAAAAACCGCAUUCUUUGCAGGAGGCAUUCAAAUGGAUGACAAUGGAAACCCUAUUGUUGUGCGAACUGUGGAAAAGUAUAAUGCUGAUGCAAAAAGUUGGACUAUGAUUAAUGGAAUGCAUAAAGCAAGGAAGUUCAGCUCAGGAUGUUUCUUGCGUGGAAAAUUUUAUGUCCUCGGUGGCAGAGAUGAGAAUGAUAAACACCUCACUUGUGGAGAAAGUUAUGAUGAGACCACAAAUUCUUGGGAGUUGAUACCUGACAUGUUGAAAGACAUGACAUUCAUUACGCCUUCCCAAUCUCCGCCUCUUAUAGCUGUGGUUGAUGACAAUCUAUACAUGUUGGAGACAUCUUUGAACGAGCUUCGCGUAUAUGAUAUAAACACAAAUAUUUGGAAGAAACUUGGUGUUGUCCCUGUGAGCACAAACACUACCUUUGGUUGGGGGACUGCGUUUAAAUCGAUGGGAGAUAGACUUCUGGUUGUUGGCUCUUCUCACUCUUGGCAUAGGAAAGGAAUAGUCUACUCAUGCCGUCCUUCUCCAGACGUGGAAGAGCAGCACUGGGAAGAAUUAAAAUAUUGGUGCAGUGGUGCUAAGCUCCCACAGUUUAUUCAUAACUGCUGUGUGAUGUUUGCUUAAAGUUGUUUCCGAGGCAAACUUGUUUUGUAUUUGUGCUUACAAUAAUUUUGUGGCCAUGACGCCCAAAACAAUUAAAAUUGUGGCUUUAUGUUGUUUUUGUUUUCUGAAUUUUUGUUUGGCAUUUGAGAUACAAAUGUUGUUGUUUUUCGUUUAUCUUAAGUGCUUAUGUUUGUGCAAAAAAACAAAGAUUAAUGUUGUUUAUGUAAUGAUUAUUGAAUUUUAUUGUUUGUUUUCCCCUCUUUAGACAUUAAUGUCACCUAAUCAUGUUCAUUUAAAAUCUCUAUCAUGUUUCAGUUUGUUUUUCCAAAAAUAUAGGUUUACAAAAUUAUAUACCACACUGAAAUCAUAUCUAAUUUUUACUUGCUUGGUUUGGAUAACUAGAAUUUUCAGGUUAUUUGGUUUUAACCAUAAACAAUGGUUGUAUUUUUAAAAAUAAAAUUGCCUAUUUCAUUUUACAUGGUUAGAUGAUGGAUUUACUAAAAACAUAGAAUGUACUAAUUUAAUUUUGGUAAGAAAAAUUAUUAUAUUUUAUGUGAACCCAAAUUGUAUUAUUUACACAGAGGAGUUGCAAAAUAAUGGAGUUAUAAAUAAUUAAAAAUAAGAAAGCAACAGUUAUGACAAAUGUGCUUGUUUUUCUAUAAAUAAUGAUAAGAAAAAUGUUAUUAUUUUUAUAAUAUUAUUCAUCAAUUUGAUAUUAGUGGCCUGAUCCCCGUCACUAGUUACUAGAUAAUCCCAAUUUGAAAAUGCAUGAUCAACGAUUUGACUUUACUAUUUUUUUUUUCUUUGAAGCCGAUUUAAGGAACAAUUCGAAGCUAUAGGGGCAUCAGAUUUUUCUUCGUAGAAGUGAACAUUGUGAGAUACUUAAAAGGGUAUCAGAGAAGCCACAAAAUAUCUAUUGCUUUAUAAUAAAAAAUACUUUUUUAUAAUCUAAGAGUAACUAAAUACAGUUUGGUUUGAAUCAGGUUAAUCAUAGGGUGUUAAAUUAAUACUUGACUUUCUAUUUCUAAAGUUUAUGUGUUAUAUAUACAAAUCGACUUUGAUCGAAGAAAAAAUAGACAAAUUGAAUUUCAUUAUAACUGGAACGUAAUCUUUUAAUUUGAAAUGUGACCUUUUUAUUUCACAAGUAUUAAAUUUGUUAUUUAUUUAGUUCUUUAUUAAUGCAUAUAUACUUUUUAAAAUUCCAAUGAAUUAAAAUAAGUAAGUUAACUGAAAGCCAAAAAUUAUUCAAAAAACUAUUUCUAUCAAAGUGAUAAAUAUUCUCAAACAAUUAACAAAAAAAUAGUCAAACCUCCAAGGAGUCACUAAUUAGUAGUUUUAUGAUGUAUGAGAAAAACUUAAACAAACUAACAAACGUUUAGUCAAAAUCUCUAGAGAAUGUAUUACUUUGAUUUAUGGUAGAAGGCUGAAUAACCAUAUUUUAUUACUAUGGUAAGAAAAUUAAACAAAAGAUAAUAAUUAUGGUAGAGAAUUUAAAACAGAUAUACUAUAAAUAUAUAUCUGAGUAACUGAGUCAUGAUUUCAUAUGUAUCUUUUCAUCUAACAAUAUAUAAUUGAGACUAAAGUGUGAGUUCAAUAAAGCAUUUUCUAUAAGCUAUUAAGGUACACAUGCAAAUUUUAUAAUAAACCUAAUCACUAAUUAUAAUAGUUCAUACUCAGAUUUUUAUACUGUAUCACUAUCAAUCAUAAAAUAUAUCUAUCUUUGUCAUAAUAUGCUUUUUUGAAAUUAUAUUUUAUUAAUUUACAUUAAAUAAUACAUAUUCCCAUUUUCAUAUUUUCUAAGUUCUCUAAAUAGUAAAAAUUGUAAUCAUAAAAAGCUUGUAAUUAUAUGUUUUUAGAACUGUGAUUUUCCAUUUCUAUCGUGUUACAAAAUUUAAGAUUGCAUUUAUUCUGUUGUUUUAUUUAUAUUAGCUCUCGCAAUUGUUUAAAAUAAUGAUUAUAUUUAUUUUUUACUCUCUUGAAGUAUCAAUUUCUGAAUACAUCAGAAGUUUACAAAAACAUUAACUAAUAAUUAUUAAAAAAAACAUUAUUGACUUCAAUUUAGCUAAUGCAAUUUUGAAUCUCUUUGACUUUCCAGUUUAUAUAAAAAAAAAUAUUUCUUGUUUAUUUUGAAUAAAUAUUGGGAGUUCUAAUUCUUAAAUUUGUAACUAUAUGUAGUAAAUUUGUUCAGUCAGUUUUUUGCAACUGAGUGAUGUUACUCAAAGUAUUAUUUUGGAAUUUACAGGAAAUGAUGUCAAAAGAUAUGGCUAAAAUAAAUCAAGAUAUGCUAAUGCUAAGGGAUGACCAGACUCCUAAAGUUGGAGCUAGCUUGAGCCAAUCUAAACGAAGGAAGAUUUCAAUUGUUGGCAUUAAACCCAACAUACCUGACCUGAAUGUGAAACCUUGUUAUGAUUCCGAUGAGGAAGAAAAAGGAGAAGUUACAAAUAUAUUUCAGAAUCUUGCAGGUUUAAAAUCUCAUGAUGGAUGCUAUGUUCAUCAUAAGCUUUUGUACGAGCUUGAGGUCGAGAUCUUUGCUCGUCUUCCAUGCUUCGAAUACUGGAAACUGCAGUUUCUUAACAAGAAAUUUUUGCAGUUGUUAAAAAGUGGUGAAAUUUUCAGGGUGAGACAAGAAAAGGGACUUGUAAAACCCUACGUGAUUUUGCAUUCAGGGGCUGGAUCAAAUUGGGAAAUGUUUGAUAAGGAUUUUAAAACCUUUCAGAGACUUCCUAAAGUUCCUUCUUCUGACUAUUGCUUUUUCCACAGCGAUAAGGAAACAAUAUGUGUGGGUACUCAACUAAUUGUCAUUGGAAGAGAAAUAGAGGGAAUUGUGGUGUUUCGCUACGAGCUAGAGAAUCAUAAGUGGUUCAAAGGUCCUUCAAUGAUCACACCGAGGGUCAUGUACGGUUCUGCUAGCCAUGGAAAAACCGCAUUCUUUGCAGGAGGCAUUCAAAUGGAUGACAAUGGAAACCCUAUUGUUGUGCGAACUGUGGAAAAGUAUAAUGCUGAUGCAAAAAGUUGGACUAUGAUUAAUGGAAUGCAUAAAGCAAGGAAGUUCAGCUCAGGAUGUUUCUUGCGUGGAAAAUUUUAUGUCCUCGGUGGCAGAGAUGAGAAUGAUAAACACCUCACUUGUGGAGAAAGUUAUGAUGAGACCACAAAUUCUUGGGAGUUGAUACCUGACAUGUUGAAAGACAUGACAUUCAUUACGCCUUCCCAAUCUCCGCCUCAUAUAGCUGUGGUUGAUGACAAUCUAUACAUGUUGGAGACAUCUUUGAACGAGCUUCGCGUAUAUGAUAUAAACACAAAUAUAUAGAAGAAACUUGGUGUUGUCCCUGUGAGCACAAACACUACCUUUGGUUGGAGGACUGCGUUUAAAUCGAUGGGAGAUAGACUUCUGGUUGUUGGCUCUUCUCACUCUUGGCAUAGGAAAGGAAUAGUCUACUCAUGCCGUCCUUCUCCAGACGUGGAAGAGCAACACUGGGAAGAAUUAAAAUAUUGGUGCAGUGGUGCUAAGCUCCCACAGUUUAUUCAUAACUGCUGUGUGAUGUUUGCUUAAAGUUGUUUCCGAGGCAAACUUGUUUUGUAUUUGUGCUUACAAUAAAUUUCUGGCCAUGACGCCCAAAACAAUUAAAAUUGUGGCUUUAUGUUGUUUUUGUUUUCUGAAUUUUUGUUUGGCAUUUGAGAUACAAAUGUUGUUGUUUUUCGUUUAUCUUAAGUGCUUAUGUUUGUGCAAAAAAACAAAGAUUAAUGUUGUUUAUGUAAUGAUUAUUGAAUUUUAUUGUCUUGUUUUCCCCCUCUUUAGACAUUAAUGUCACCUAAUCAUGUUCAUUUAAAAUCUCUAUUAUGUUUCAGUUUGUUUUUCCAAAAAUAUAGGUUUACAAAAUUAUAUACCACACUGAAAUCAUAUCUAAUUUUUACUUGCUUGGUUUGGAUAACUAGAAUUUUCAGGUUAUUUGGUUUUAACCAUAAACAAUGGUUAUAUUUUUAAAAAAUAAAAUUGCCUAUUUCAUUUUACAUGGUUAGAUGAUGGAUUUACUAAAAACAUAGAAUGUACUAAUUUAAUUUUGGUAAGAAAAAUUAUUAUAUUUUAUGUGAACCCAAAUUGUAUUAUUUACACAGAGGAGUUGCAAAAUAAUGGAGUUAUAAAUAAUUAAAAAUAAGAAAGCAACAGUUAUGACAAAUGUGCUUGUUUUUCUAUAAAUAAUGAUAAGAAAAAUGUUAUUAUUUUUAUAAUAUUAUUCAUCAGUUUGAUAUUAGUGGCUUGAUCCCCGUCACUAGUUACUAGAUAAUCCCAAUUUGAAAAUGCAUGAUCAACGAUUUGACUUUACUAUAUUUUUUUUUCUUUGAAGCCGAUUUAAGGAACAAUUCGAAGCUAUAGGGGCAUCAGAUUUUUCUUCGUAGAAGUGAACAUUGUGAGCUACUUAAAAGGGUAUCAGAGAAGCCGCAAAAUAUCUAUUGCUUUAUAAUAAAAAAUACUUUUUUAUAAUCUAAGAGUAACUAAAUACAGUUUGGUUUGAAUCAGGUUAAUCAUAGGGUGUUAAAUUAAUACUUGACUUUCUAUUUCUAAAGUUUAUGUGUUAUAUAUACAAAUCGACUUUGAUCGAAGAAAAAAUAGACAAAUUGAAUUUCAUUAUAACUGGAACGUAAUCUUUUAAUUUGAAAUGUGACCUUUUUAUUUCACAGGUAUUAAAUUUGUUAUUUAUUAAGUUCUUUAUUAAUGCAUACAUACUUUUUAAAAUUCCAAUGAAUUAAAAUAAGUAAGUUAACUGAAAGCCAAAAAUUAUUCAAAAAACUAUUU